GUUUGGAGUGGAAUCUGCACCUGCAAUUGUAUUUUUGAAAGAACAUGGUGUUAAACCUGUUGUGUACCAUGGACCUGCCAACAAUUCAUGGUUUGUAGAUAUAAUGGAACAGCAUAAACAUCAAGAGCUUCCACAAUUGAGAAGUGUGACAUCCGUGGAGCUGGGUUGUGAUGCCCGCGGCUAUUCUCGUGCUGGAAAUGAAACGGCGAUUUGGUAUUGUGUUAUUCUAGCAGGAAGAUCAAGCCCAGAACUCAACAAAAUGCGUGCAACUGUGCGCAGGAUCCAAGAAGCACUGUCCACAGUUGAUAAAGAUCAGCCAUCGUCGCUAGCGGCUGUUGCACUGAAGGAAAAGCGGUUGACAUUUAGCUGGCUUGAUGGGGAAGCACAGCAACGAUAUUGUUUUUUCCACACUCAAACGGAGAACAGCUAUGAUACAUGUGGACCUAGGAGGGAUAUAACAGAUGUACCACAGUUAAUUAUUGUACGUUACAAAAGGAAUGCUACAGAAGAUAGUAUUAAAAAUGAGGAAAAAAAGCCAAAAAACAUGUUGGAGGCAUUUCUGAAUGAUGAUGUGGAUCCUGCAUCACAACUUGUUGCGAGGUACAAUGGUUCCGAAGAAAGUUCAAAGAUCAUCAAGUGGAUCUCUCAAAUAAUCGAAGAUGGUGACUCUGGGGAGCUCCCCUUUUUUAGAGCAAAAACUCCUGCACUUGUUCCCGAAGAUGCAGAUCCUAUUUGGUCAGUAGGUGCCAAAAAUAUUCUAUCCAAAGGGACAGGAAUGAAACAGAGAAUUGGCAGCAUCAUGAAUGGAAUCCACAAUCGCCUAGGAGAUCCAAGGAUUGGCCCAGUCUUGCUGUUAGGAGCAUUGCUGUCUUUCGGUAGCAUCUGGUUGCGAAGGAGCCAAUCAACUCAUCCAAGUCAAUCAAAUAAUCAAACUCAACCGAGCAAAAAAGAUGAUGAAGAUAGACCAAAUCAGAGACGCAAGAAGAGAGCGGUGUCAGACCAAGAUCGUCCUCCUUCCAUCACUGACACAGAACCAAUCGAUGCUUACCAGAUGCCACUAUCAGAUUCUGACUCUGAGUAAUAGAUGGUGUUCAAAUGAAUCAAGGUUUGACAUUAAGCAAAUUAAGCACAUGGGGUUCUCAAAGUAAAGAUCAAAGUUUUAUCUCCAUUGUGAUUAUACCGAUUUGCUCACAGGUGUAACAAGUAACUAGCAAAUGGCUGCCCAACAUAUAUACAUUGAUCAUUUAGAAAUUAUACCAUGAAUUUUGGGAAACCUGUCUGAAUUGAUAGUUUGUCCGUUUUAGUCUCAAUGUGUGACUGAAUCAUAACUUUGGGAUAAUUUUUGAUUUACUUGCAAUUGUGUUACCUUCAGGAGCUGCUUUACCUUUCUUAUUUGGAAAAGGAAGCACAUAUGUGAUUGUAUCACUAAGUUGUAAAAUUUUAAUGAAAAAUUCUCAUGAAGAUUCAGGAGAUAUGUAAUAUUUUAGAAGGUUAAUUCCCAGAAAAGAAAAUUUUCAACAA